AUGGCUGUAUGGCUGUAUGGCCAUGAGGCGGCAGCGCAAGAGAUCAGGUCGAGGGCUAGUGGAACGGGGCUCGGGACGUGCGACGAAUGUCGUGGGUGUGCCGCCGGGCAGAGCAGGCUCAAGUUUUACCGGGAUGGACAUUUUGCUUUGAAUCGUAUACACCAGCUAGGCUACACGCGCGUCUCGGUCGUCGGGAACGAAGACGGAGACUAUGCACGCGAGCCUGCCAGUGUGCUGCUGGGCGGGCGGUUCGAUGGAUGGCUCGCGCAUGCUGCCCUCAUGGUCGACCGGCUCCCCGGCUCUUGCGCCGCUGACCGCACCGCGUACAACCUCCCCACCGCUCCCGAUUUGCGUCAAGCCGUACACGCUCCCCGGACGACCUGCCCGCGCUGCACGUCCAGCGGAACGACUCCAUCGAACACCACCUCGGACUCGGAUGGCUCGCGCAUGCUGCCCUCAUGGUCGACCGGCUCCCCGGCUCUUGCGCCGCUGACCGCACCGCGUACAACCUCCCCACCGCUCCCGAUUUGCGUCAAGCCGUACACGCUCCCCGGACGACCUGCCCGCGCUGCACGUCCAGCGGAACGACUCCAUCGAACACCACCUCGGACUCGUACGCCUGGCGCGCCGUCUCCGUGCGACCGGCUGCAUUUCGAGUUCCUCACUUUGCAAGCGCAGCCGCAGGACGAAAACAUGUGUUGGUGUCGGUGCCUGCGGACGAUCGGGCAGGCCACUGAGGAGGUCGAAAAGGAGGGCGCAAGCGGCAUAGGCAGGGAAUAUAGAGAUGCCUGCAGUAUGUUGAACGGCGAGUGGCAACGGUUCGGAGACUUGAAAGCCCGCAUCUCGCAAGGCGGACGCCUAGGAACACAUUGCGAUGAGCAGAGGCUUGGUGUUUAUGCGCGAGCAGAACUAUCUGCGCAGACAACAAACAGGCUAGUCGACGAGCAAACUUGAAUGCUCGCUUCCAC